AUGAAUAAUGAGCCCUUCAGCUUCAACGCGAACGCCCCGUCGUACUACCCCGGAAUGGCCUACCAGGGGGGGGGCGCCCCAGCUAGCCAAGAAGAAAAUGACGCAGACAACGGUUCCUCUUGCCUGGGUACGGAGAACACAGAAGACCCAACAGUAAAUGACGUACAGGAACAAUUAAAAAAAAUGACGAUAAAUGAUGAGCAGCCAGUGGAGAAUUACGAAGAAGAUAGCCCCACGGAAUUGGAUAAAAAAGACCAAGUAGAGGAUUCUCAAGGAGAAAAAACUUCACAAAUAAAAAAAAAUUUGGUUCAAGUUGAUCCCAGACCUCACUUAAACAUUAUUUUUAUUGGACAUGUGGAUGCAGGAAAGUCAACCGCCUGUGGAAAUAUCCUUUACAUUCUCGGGUAUGUGGAUGAUAGGACUAUAGAAAAAUAUGAGCGAGAGGCGAAGGAGAAAAAUAGGGAGAGUUGGUUUUUGGCUUUUAUUAUGGAUAUUAACGAAGAGGAGAGACAGAAGGGGAAAACGGUGGAAGUAGGUAGAGCUCACUUUGAGACGAAGGACAGGAGAUUUACCAUUUUGGAUGCCCCAGGACAUAAGAACUUUAUUCCCAAUAUGAUUAGUGGUGCUACGCAGGCGGAUAUCGGUGUGCUGAUCAUUUCCGCUCGCAAGGGGGAGUUCGAGACGGGCUUCGAGAGAGGAGGCCAGACCCGCGAGCACACGCUGCUUGCGAGGACGCUAGGAAUCAACCAACUCAUCGUGGCCAUCAACAAGAUGGAUGACCCCACGUGCAACUGGAGCGAAGCCCGCUACGACGAAAUACAAAAAAAAAUAACUCCCUUUAUAAAAUCCUGCGGGUACAACAUCAACAAGGAUGUUUAUUUCGUACCCAUCUCGGGACUCACCGGACAGAAUCUUUUAGAACACGUGUCUAAUAAGGAUUCUAAAAUAUAUGAUGCAAGGGCUAGUUGGUAUGAUACAUCUAAGCCAACAUUGAUUCAGAUUUUAAAUACGUUGACUCCCCCCCCCUGGGAUGAAAAGGGACCUCUAAGAAUACCGCUCUUAGAAGGAUACAAAGAUAACGGAAUUAUAGCUAUUGGAAAAAUCGAAUCAGGAACCCUGUACGGAAAUAACAUGAGUUGCACUUUGAUGCCAAAUAAGUUGAAGGUAAAGGUGCUGAAUGUAUACGUGGAGGAGGAUGAAGUUCCUUAUGCUAAGCCUGGAGAAAAUGUUCGAGUAAAGCUGUUAGGUGUUGAAGAGGAUCAAAUAAGUAAAGGGUUUGUUCUGUGCGAUUCGUUGAACCUGUGCUCUGUUGUUAGUGAGUUUAUUGGACGAGUAGCCAUUGUGGAAUUACUUGAACAUAAGCCAAUCGUGACAGCUGGAUAUUUCUGUAUCUUCCAUGCCCAUACCACUUGUGAGGAAAUUCAAUUCCUUGAUAUGUUGGAGGUUAUAGAUAAAAAAACGAAAAAGAAAAAAAUUAAACCAAAAUUUAUUAAAAAUGACUGUAUCGUUACUGCCCACUUUUUACUCUCCAACCCUGUGUGCAUAGAAGUGUUUGACAAGCUUCCGCAACUGGGGAGGUUUACCCUGCGGGACCAAGGCAAAACCAUAGCCAUAGGGAAGAUACUGGAGUUAAAGGGGUGA